AUGGGCGUCAGCUGGUCAUCAGACCGCCCUGAGGAGCCCUUAUCCUCAGCUGCUGAUCUAGAACAGCCCCCCAAUCCACCUAGCCAGUCCAAAUACCCUCGCUGUUACGGGGAUGUGGUCCCUUCGGUCUGUAGCGACCGCCCAGAGGACUUUUACCACGAGCUGUAUGAACAGAUGUACUUUGUGCAGCAUGCCAACCAAGACUGCAUCGUGGCCUUUCAACGAUGCGAGAAAGAAAAUCCCCGUGUCGACCCCGAGGAGUGGUUUAUCAUUGCUGAGCGAAUCCCCCGGGUAUAUGAAUAUCUGGCACAUAGCACCAAUACCCCGAAUGUGGAUGUAGACCAACCGAUUGAUCUUCACCCCCACAUCGUCAAAUAUUUUGGCCGUCUCCCUGUGGGAUAUCUGCUGGAGAAGCUAGAUCACGGCCCACUGAGCGCUACGGCUCUGCCACGUCUGACCACCUUUCCUGCGUCGCGCACGUCUUCUAAUGACAAGGACUUCCCCGAUAAUGGAGACAGAGAGCCCCUCCUCCUGCUCUACUACCGCUGGGCAUUGCAAUCGCUCGCCAUGCUAGCCUUCCUGCAUGAACACGGGGUCUACUUAAUGGAUUUCAGCUCGAGCACAAUAUGGAUACGCGAUGAUUUCUCGAUUGCACUAUCAGGAUUUGUGAACGCAACCAUCCCGACAGAUGAAUGGCCCUACUCUCCCGACGGGACGAGAUACGAAACAGAGAUCUAUUACCCAACCAAUCCCGACAGUGGGCACCCAGAGCUCAGCCCGAAGAUCGAUCUCUCGGAUUGGGCGACCUUUGUCUGGCAAUUGAUGCGAAAGGAUGCGUCCAGUCAUGGAGCGAAGAGGUGGGCGAUGCCUACCGAUCCAUUUGAUCCGACGGAGAUGCCCGGGGAGGUGAAUGCAUGGGAGUACCAUAAGCAACGGCUGAAGGAGGGCAAGCUACAGCUUUUAGAAGAGGAACGAUUGGGUCCGAUGCUGGUUAAGGCCUGGAAGGGGGAAUAUGAAAAUGCUCGGGAGAUCCUGCAAGAGGUACGAUCAUAUCUCCAGCAGAUUGGGGUUCGGAUGGGCGGAGAGGAUGAGGUCCUUCCGGAUGAUGGGCGAAAGUGGGAGGAUGUAUUCACGGUAGUCCAGACUGAUGGCGCCCGCUGGGGUCGGGAGAUUAGAUAA